AUGGGCCCCCCGGUGAGCAGCGCUGGAUUCUCUUUUAUCGUGUGUGUUUGGAGCUUUCUCUUUGGGCUUUCAUCAGUCUUCUGCCAGGAUAUGAGAGAACGGGAUGCUCUGUGCAAUGCCAAGGGCUGUUAUGUGGUCUAUUUCCAGCGCAAAACUUUUCUAGACUCAUGGAGGGAUUGCAAAGAUAAGGGGGGAAACCUGGCCACGAUCAAACGUGUGGACGAAGCCAGCGCUAUUUCAUCUUUGCUCUCCAACGUGGACCUGAGAUACUCCAGAACUAAAGUGCAGGUGUGGAUAGGCCUCCAGCGCCAGCCAAGACAAUGCACCAAUGCGCGGCCGCUUCGAGGUUAUUCCUGGACCACAGGGGAUCAAGAUACGGAGUACACAAACUGGCUCAAGGAGGAUUCUCCCAAUAUGUGCUCUGUGUCACGUUGUGUUGCCAUGGGAUACAGCACAACUGAAACCGCUAAUAACUUCAAGUGGAUAGAUGGCUCUUGCUCAGUUCCAGUUGAAGCUUAUCUGUGUUAUUUCAGAUACCAGCAGAUGUGUGACUCAUUGCCAAGUGAAGGGGCAGGCAAUGUGCUCUACAAUACCCCGUUCAACCUUCAAAGUACUGUCUUGACCCAUGUCCCCUUCGGGUCGGUGGCCACAGUGCCUUGUCCUGGGGGUAGGGAGGAUGAGACCGUUCUGUGCAUGCUCCAAGAUGACGGUUUGGCAGGUUGGUCCAUAAACUCUCCCGUUUGCGUCUCUCUUCAAUACAACUGGUGCGACGACGGCAAUGGCGGCUGCGAGCAUUUUUGCAAGCAGACGGGCGAGCAGUUUUUUUGCGAAUGCGCCAACGGUUAUCAACUGGGACAAGACGGACAAAGCUGUGAGAUAGUAGACGCCUGUGAAGAAGCGCCAUGCGAAUUCGAGUGCCUACCUCUCUUCGACGGCUACCGCUGCACCUGUCCCGAGGGCUACAUGCUGGCACCGGACGAGCGAGGUUGUUUGGAUGUGGACGAGUGCCUGCAGAGCCCCUGUGAACAGCUGUGCGUCAACGCCCCCGGGACUUUCCAAUGCACGUGUCGCAACGGAUUCCAACCCGGCGAGGACAGCGAGUGCGACGACCUGGACGAAUGCGCUAGCAACCCCUGUGAGCACGCUUGUCAGAACACCCCAGGCUCUCAUGUCUGCCACUGUCAUCUGGGAUACUCCCCGCUACCUGAGGACCCCAGCCGCUGCCAGGACACUGACGAAUGCCAGAUAGUCGGGACGUGCGAACAGAUGUGUGUUAAUUAUGAAGGCGGAUUUGAAUGCUAUUGUGAGGUGGGGUACGAACUUAUGGCGGAUUUGUAUUCCUGUCAAAAGAUUGGAGAAAGACAGGACCAGUAUAUUGCUACCCCUGCUUUCCCCUGGGUGACACGCCAACCCCCUCCAACUGUGGACUAUGACCCAGCGGACUACGACUGGACAUUGCAGCAGACUCACCCAAACUGGCCUGUUGAUACGGAACAGUCUUUAAAUUGGCUCACAGAUGCACCCAAACUUGAGGACGCCGAUAUCAUUUGGGUCACUAGGUCACCAGAGGAGGGUACUUUUGAGUCAGAGGAACCCACUGAUCACUCAGACCCGGAUUUAUCGGUGCAAUGGGGAGAUUUACACUUUGAAACCGCCACAAUACCCCCGCCAACCCCUGUCCCAAACACCACACCAGACUGGUACGACGAUGAGGAGGAGGAGGAGGAGACAACCACUGCUUCUCCGACACUGCUGCCCACCUCCACGGUCCUGGAAGGGGCCUGGAACUGGAGGGUUCCCAUGAUCACAGCUAGAAACAAACCAGUGGAUCCCUUCAUAGACUAUAAAGCACCUUCCGACUACAGCUUUGCAGCACCCCCUGACCCCGAAGAGGCGGACUCGGACUCCGUCACCUCUCAUCCCCCGGGGGCAGAGGAGGAGGAGGAGGAAAUUGCAAAGGACUACGAGGAUAACACAGCAUCCUAUAAACCGUUUUUUCCCACGCAGUCCAUCCCUCCCCUGGAUUCCUCAGGCGUUAGCAAUGGAGGGGUAGACUUGGAUUCUGUUCAAAAGGACAAGGGUAGGGAGCAGGACCAGAGCAGCACUUGGCUCUUGGUCGGUCUCCUUGUUCCCAUUUGUAUAUUUGUCAUAGUGAUGGUGGCGCUCGGCAUCGUCUACUGUACCCGCUGUACGUCACAGUCUAGGAGUAACAAGAACGCCACUACUACCGACUGCUAUCACUGGAUCUCAGGGGCACAUGAUAAACAAGGCUCGGCUACUACCCCUGCCCUCGGGGUCAAGACGCAUGUUUAA